UCUUCCUGGGGGCCAAAAAACUCUUUCAGAUGGUGAAAGGCUUCAGGGUGAGCAGUGGAUCUCCUUCCCCCUCUCCAGGGGCUCUCGAAUGGGAUCUUGCUUAGGAAGGAACCAUGAACCUCUGGCUUUGGUCGCUUUACUUCCUGCCAGUAUCUGGGGCUCUGAAGACCCUCCCAGCAGUCAAUCUAGAGGGAGAACUAGGAGGAUCCAUUAUCUUCAAGUGUCCACUGCCUGAAAAGUACACGAGGGUCUACCUGUGCCGGGAGAUGGCAGCAUCUGGAGCGUGUGCCACCGUGGUGUCCAACGGGAACUAUGUCAAGAAUGGAUACGCUGGUCGAGUCACCCUGAAUCUGCUCACAGACAGCCAUCUGUUCCUGGUGGAGAUGACAGAGAUUACCGAGAAUGACAGCGGAGUCUAUGCCUGUGGGGUGGGCACAAACACAGACCGGGGCAAGACCCUGCAAAUCACCCUGAGUGUCAGCAAGUAUCAGCCAUUCUGGGAGAAAGAGCUGACACUUGAGACCCCCGGAUGGUUUCACAGACUUCUGUACCUGACGACAGCCUCUGUACCCCCUUGGUUCCAGAUGCUUGAAGAUGCGAUUCCCUCUGAAUUCAUAUCCAAAGUAACCACACCAGCUCAGAGGCCCCAGACCCCUCCAGCCCACCGCUCGUCCUCUGACACUCCAGUCAUCCACGGCCCUCCAAUUUCCACAGCAUCGUUAGUGGCAGCUGGCAAGCCCCCAACACUCCUGCCAUCCAUCACAGCCUCAAAGACUUCAGCUCAGGAGGAGCAGGUCGGGCCCCAGCCAGCCAGCUACAACCGCCAAACCAGGCUGCACAGACAGAGACCCUUCAGCCAUGGACUAUCUGGUUCUGAAGACCAAGGAUUUCACAUCCUGAUCCCAACCAUCCUGGGCCUUAUGCUACUGGCACUUCUGGGGAUCGUGGUGAAAAGGGCCAUUCAAAGGAGGAGAGUCCUCUCCAGGAGGAUCCGCCGCCUGGCCGUGAGGAUGCGCGCCCUGGAGGUCUCCCAGCGGCCCCGGUCGUGGCAGCGGCCACGAGUGUCGCAGCGGCAGCGCUCCCAAAACAUCUACAGCGCCUGCCCGCGGCGAGCUCGGGGAGCGGACCCUGCGGGUGAGCCAGCCGGCGCCGGGCAGGAGCCUCUCCCAGGCCGGGGAGCACCUGAGCCCUCCGCCCCGCCGCAGGUACCUGAAGCUCCCUGGUUCCAUGCCCCAUCCCUGAAGGCCAGCUGUGAAUAUGUGAGUUGCUACCACCAGCCUCCUGCCAAGAUGGAGGAUUACAAUUCAGAUGACUACAUCAACAUUUCCUGCCUGACCCACCUCCCCAGCUGUCCUCCCAGGUCCAGGCCUUUGUGCCAAUGAGUCUCACCUGUCUGCUGAAUUCAACACCUGUUCCAUUGGUCCUUGGAGUCCCUGUCACCUCUCAGGGCCCCGUCACCUCCCAAUGCCCACAUCGACACUAGUCCCCAGUCUGUCUGCCCCAAGUAGCUCUGUCCCCAGCUCCUCUUGCACAGAAGGUCAAGAAGGGGCCCUGUAGCAAGCAGCCAUCUAAGAUGCAUCAAUUGGUCUCGACCCACCUGGAUCAAAGGAGAAUGAAGAAUACCAAGGACACAAGGUAAUUAUGAGCCCAAGAGACAGAAAGGGCCACAUGAACCAGAAGCUACAUCAUCCUGAGACCAGAAGAACUAGAUGGUGCCCGGCUACAACUGAUGACUGCCCUGACAGGGAACACAACAGAGAACCCCUGAGGGAGCAGGAGGGCAGUGGGAUGCAGACCCUAAAUUCUCGUAAAAAGACCAGACUUAAGACUAGACUGAGACUAGAAGGUCCCCGGUGGUCAUGACCCACAGACCUUCUGUUGGCCCAAGACAGGGACCAUUCCUGAAGCCAACUCUUCAGACAUGGAUUGGACUGGACAAUGGGUUGGAGAGGGGUACUAGUGAGCUUCUUGGAUCAGGUGGACAUUUGAGACCAAGUUGGCAUCUCCUGCCUGGAUCGGAGACGAGAGGGUAGAGGGGUUUAGAAGGUGGUGAAAUGGACAUGAGAAGAAAGAGUGAAGGGAGGCAGCAGGCUGUCUCAUUAGGAGGAGAGUAAUUGGGAGUAUGUAGCAAGGUGUGUAUAAGUUUUUGUGUGAGAUACUGACUUGAUCUGUAAACUUUCACUUAAAGCACAAUAAAAAUUAUUAAAAAAAAAAAAAAAUGAAGGGGCCCUGAUGGCACAGUUAAGCACUUGGCUACUAAAGGAAAGGUCAGCAAUUCAAACCCACCAGCCGCUGCUCCCCAAGGGGAAAGAUGUGCCUGUCUGCUUCUGUAAAGAUUUACACCCUUGGAAACUCUAUGGGACAGUUCUUCUCUGUCCUGUAGGGUUACCAUGAGUCAGAAUCAACUCAACAGAGUGGGUUUGGUUUGGGGUGGUAGUCAGGUUGGCUCCAGGCAUACAGGGCAUUUGUCCCGAUGCCAUCUACUUCCUUUCCAGGCUGUGGGAUUUGCAGAGUAUUUCCUCAGUGUCCUUGAUUGCAGGGCCCUGCUACCUUGCUCUAGACCACAUAGCAUCAGGCUGGAGUGUAGGCAGAGCUGUUGCUUCAGGAUCCCUUCCCAGGCUUAGACCUCACACAAGUAGGAGGCCUGGGCUGCUUCGUGGGGAUGCGCCUCUGCCUGGAAGCUAGGAAGGGACUGGUAUGGACACACCCCUGGGAACGUCUUUACCCUGAGUCUAAGGCUGGCCCUUGCCAGUGAUUUUCCACUUGCCUUGAGUCCUCCAGAAAGGGCUAUUUAUUUUGAUGUAACAAAGGUUUCUAAACAGAACCAUGCUUGGCAGUGCUCAGUGCAUUUAGCAUUGCUGACCCCCAUCAGUUCCCUGGUUAAUGGAAGCCAAGCUACAUCAAAGUUAGGCCCAAGAAGGGGACAACUUCUCUACAUAAACCCUCUUCACUCCAAGUUACCCUGCCUUGAUGCCCACGAGUGCCCUGCCCCCAGCAUUUCUCCUCUUCUAGCCUAGUCUUUGUCAUCUCCUCAUCCCUCGUGGUAGCCUGGCACUGAUCUUUGUGCGUUUAUCUUAACGCUGGGCUAUUCCUGCACCCCUUUGCCCAAAAUCAUUACACCUCUCUAUUUUCAGAAAUCUACCUCGUCUCUCCGCCAGGUCCAGAUAACUUAUAGCGAGGUGGGGAGGAAAGUAGUCUGGGUUCCUGGAGGACCAGGGGCAAUUGAAUUUCCAUCAGGGGAGAAGAGACAUCCCGCCUCCUACAUAUACUUUUUCUGUUUGGGGUUUUUGGAGCAAGGUCACAGACACUGUAUUUUUGGAUUUAAGUCAACCACAAAGUUUAGCCCGAGCUUUACAAUAGAGUGCCAAGUCCCGCUAUUAGGAAGGAGGACUUUCCCAGGCACACGACUCAGCUUCACAGGGCAUUUGUCCAGAAACAGAGAGGAAAGGCUGCCAGCCCUAAGUCCUGCUGCCUUUUAUUAGCAGAGGAUGUAUUUACAGAUUGGACAGGAUGUCCCGGUACAGGGACACCAUCAGCAGUGUCGCUUUGACACUGGCACCCUCUAAAUGGCAGAUAAGGAAAGAAUGACUAGGAGAAGCUAAGGAGGGCACAAGGGGUUGGGGGUGGGAGUGCAGGCUGGGAAUGCAGUGUUGGGUGGGAGCUUGCUUCCUGCCAGGCACUCUAACCUACAUUACGUCAGUUAUCCUUUAUAUUUGAAAUCAGCUCCCUCACCCCUACUCCAGUGCUUUGUUCCCACAGACAUGCCCUAAAGUUCAAGCUCAUAACCCACCAUCCUUCAUUGUUCCUGGGCAAUUCACAAACCUGGUCAAAAAUCCAGUUUAUUAUUUACUGAGCACAGCACCCACUGCGCCACAGCAUGGCAGGUACUGCGGGGAUGCAAAGGAAGCCUGAGAAGCCUCCCUGCAGAAUUUACAGUCUCACGAAUAAAUAUCAUAUCAAUUAAAACAUUGACAGUAAAUAAAUAGAAUGGAAUAAAUACAGAAGCCUCCUUUGUGGGUUAUUCACAGCAUCCAAGAGAGCCUUCGGUGGCUGUCGAUGGGGCCACUUAAAAGAAGGCGGUCUUUGAGGACAGGCCUGGGCCAAAGAUGGGGCCAAUGGCAGAGGUUCUGUAGUGCCCCAGGGAGCAGCAGAGGAGGGGACACCCAUGUGAAGUGACACGGAGCCGAGGAAGGUGUUCUGGUCUAGACAUUCAGCGCUGGUAGUAUUUCUCCAUCCAGGUCAAGAGAAUGUCCAGUUCCCCGAGGGCUUUGGUCAGAGCGGCUUCUAUGUCCAGCUGCAGGAAAGCAGAGUUGAAGGUCUGCUGUGUUAGUUACAGGAAUAGGUUCUUUCCCUCUAACUGCCCACACCGUAGGCUGGGUCACUUUCAGGGUGGCCUCUGAUAAACUCACUUGCCCAUCACCACAUCCCCUCUAUGUGUGCUGUCUGCUGCAGGAGUGAGGACAAAUGGGUCAGUGAGUGGGCAGGGGGUAGGAACAAGAGAAAAGGGAUAUGGGGCCCUGACGCCAAGAACCAUAGAAUCCUAGCACGGCCAUAGAGUCCACCACCUGAUCCCGCUGUGCAGAUGAAGAAACUGAGGGCCACAGAAGUCCCUUUUCAUUGAAAGUUAUAGCUCUUUACAAUUUAUUUAUAGGCAGAUAUAUCUGUGCCUCAGAAAAAACGAUCAAACUCAUAUGACAUUUUAGGGGUCUGCGAAUGAAAUGUGGAUUUUCUUUGAUGUCUUAAAUUGGGUAAAAGCAAUAUAAUGACCCAGAAUUUUUUUCUCUCUCUCUCCAAACUAGGCCAUUUGAGCAUUGUGGAAAAUACUGUGGGCAUGUAUGGGGGGACGUCUCCCUGCUUGCUCCCUCACUUCUGACUCCAACUGCCCAGCUCAAGUACCCAUAAAACUCUUUCACGAAGUCCUCAGUAGUGAAAUCACCUUAUAAAAAAAAAGUUGCCAUAGAGUCAGUUCUGACUCGUGGAGACCCCAUGUGUGCCAGAGUAGAACUGUGCUCCAUAGGGUUUUCAAUGGCAGAUUUUUUGGAAGUAGAUUGCCAGGCCUUUCCUCCAAUGUGCCUCUGGGUGGGCUUGAACCUCAAACUUUUCGGUUAGUAGCCGAGCAUGUUAACCAUUUGCACUACUCAGGGACUCCUGAAGCCAACUUAUAGGGACCCAUUUCAACUUGAAAAUUGAUAGACCACUUAGUUUUGGGUGCUUAUGCAGAGUACCAUCAAUACCCAAGGAAGGAGCUGUCAAAAAACCAAAUGACCCAUUGCAUUGGGCAAAUGUGCUGCAAAGACCUUUUUUAAGUGUUAAAAAGUAAAGAUGGCAUUUCAAGGACUAAGGUACACCUGACCAUGGUAUUUGCAAUUGCUUCAUACGCAUUUGAAGGCUGAACAAUGAGUAAGGAAGGAUUGAUGUCUUUGAAUUAUAGUGUUGGUGAAAAAUAUUGAAUACAUCAUGGACUGCUGGAGGAACAAACAAAUCUGUUUUGAUAGAAGUACAGCCAGAUGCUCCUUAGAAGCAAGGAUGACAAAACUUGGUCUCAUGUACUUUGUACACGUUAUCAGGAAGGAUCUGUCCCUGGAGAACAACAGUUAGCGAAAAAAUGGAAGACCCUCAAUGAGAUGGAUUGACACAGUGGCUGCAACAAUGGGUUCAAACAUAGCAAUGAUUGUGAGGAGGCCACAGGACCAGGCAGAGUUUUGUUCUGUUGUACAUAGGGGUCGCUAUGAGUCAGAACUGACUCAACAGCACCUAACAACAACAACAAUGCAAGGUAUAUGGUAACUGAUGCAAAUGUGUACCUGUGGUCUUGCUCAUUCAGGUGGCUUUUAGGCAAGCCCUGCGUUAACUCUGCAUCAAGUCUCUGAGGCACCCUCAUUUGACAGUUGAGGCUGGUCUGAGCAAACUGACAGCUCAGGGGCCAAAUUACCUUUUUAAAAGCCACCUGGAACUGCAGAAACUGCCUGUGUGCACUCUUAAUGACAGAGAACAUCUCAUUUUCCUCCUGGGAACAGAAAAUAAAGAAGUUAUGCCUGAUGUCGGGUAGAAGAGGCAAGCCUCCUCCCACUCAUUCCUGGCGAUUCCACAAGGAUUCAUUCCCAAGGCCUGAGAUGACAGCACUGAAUUCCGGGUUCUUGAGUAGCCAGUGCCAAACCCUACCGUGUGGCAGGCGCUGCUGCCCUUAGUUCUCACAGCAAUCCUGUAAAGUAGGGGUGAUCAUCCCCAUUUUGCAGAUAGGAAAAUUGAAGCUCAGAGAGCAUCUUGAAAACGGUCACCCACCUAGUUAAAAGCAGACCUGGACUUGAGCCCAGGGCUGUUGGUCUACAAAGCCAGUGCCUUUCCAGGGCACACCAUGACUCCCUACUAUGGAGUAAAAGCCAGGCCCAGCUAAGGCAAGGGACAAUUCUCAAAGCACACCGUUUCCCGUAAGCCCAAGCCCUGGCCCUGUUCUACUCACACUGGGCUGCAGUUUUGAGGAGAUGACAAUAAAGUUGUUGGCAAGAGUAGAAAAUGACUGCAGGAUCUUGAGGUCAUUUGCCUUAUUGUAGUAGUUUUUGAAAACAGUUUUCAUGUAAAAGCCCAGCAAAGAGUGGAUGAAGUAGCAGCUUUCAGCAUCCUGAAAAGAGUCUGGGUUACUACGGAGCCCUCUGCCCACCCUCUGACCCCCAGGAGGAACAACCCGUUUGUCACACAGGGCAAGAUAAACAUUAGAGUCAAGAGAUCUUCUAGGAGAUGAUGAUGAACAUCAAAUCUGAAGGGGACUUAAAGGACCACAUGGAGCAGUGCCUUUGUUUUACAGGAGAAGCCCCAGGCCCAGAGAGAGGAAGUGACUUGCCCAAGGUCCCUCAGCCAGUCAGUGACAGACACAGGCCCAGCUCCCAAAACUCCUGACUACCUGGUUACUAUUCCUUCCUCUACACCACACUGCCUCUCAUAACUACGCAAGGCCAUGCUAUGGGGAGCUGUGGUAGACCUGAGAAGCACCCAGAACUUGGUGAUUGAGAGUUGGUGGGGAAAAGGAUUGGAAGGAGAAGAAAUGAAGAGAAAAUAAAAUGAAUGCCCUGGAACACAGGGAUUGUUCUCAGGUCCCCUCCAGCUCCACUGUGUGAAGCUUUGUGCCUUGCAGCAAUCACGGCUCAGUAUGUUGGUGCUCACUGACUAACUUGAUGAGUAAUGAGAAAGACAGUAAUGGGUGUGAGAAAAGGAUACAAAUGGAAGAGAGGGAAGGUAGACCUAAGCAGAUACCCACUGGCAAGCAGAAGAGAAAUAAGGAUUGAUGGCAACUCUGGCUAAGCUGAGAAAGGUGUUCACCAGCCUUAAUCCCCACCCCUUCUUCCCAUGACACUGAAUAUACAUAUCACACAGUGAUAACUCAGAGACUGAAUUCCCUGGCUAACUGCCCAGCACUGUCCUGUGUAGGGUCAGCCCAGGGCAAAAGUGAGGGAUUUUAUCAGCCUCCCCUAGGCAACCCCCACCCCCACCCAUAGGGGACCAGCUACACGGAGAGAUGGGCGAUCCUGUCCCAGGUCUGAUUACCGAGAUGUUCUGUAGAAUCUCCUUCCGCAGCAGGCGGACACUUGUGUUGUGGUCCUGAGCUUGCUGUGGGAACAGAAAGAAAAGAUGUCUCCAGGCUGGGGGUCAGCAUGGAAACCAACCAUGCAGACAUGUGCUGCUUCCCCAGAGUGCUGUUUAUCCAGCCUGUGAGAGGUUUCAGAGGCCAGAGGGAGAAAAACAGGAACCAAGGAGGGCUGUGCUGGGCUGGCCAUAAGGAGAGAGUACAAGGUUCCAGGCACAGAAAACCACAAAGCUUGACCCCAAGGGAAAACACAAUCCCAGGAGCUCUGGAGCCUGAAAAUGGACUUGAUGAGGGACCUGUCUGAAUCCUUUGGUUGUCCCAGACUAGGAGGAAACAAGCCUAUUUCCUUUAAGGACCCCUAAGGGCAGGAUCUGUCAUCAGUGUUCCAUAGGUGGUGAUCGGCCACACCUCUGAGCUGCCUCUCACCUUUGGACUUCCCUGCAGCCGGACUACUCAUCGCAGCCCUCAGGUUUAGAGUCAAAGCAUCUUGGAGAGGAAGGUGCCUUCGAGCCCAUUUGUCUCACCUCCUCAUUGUGCAAAUAAGGAAACGAAGCUUGGAUGGGGGGAGCUGCUGCCCAGGUUCAUUUCGAGGUCAAGAUCACACCCAGGUGUCCUGUCCGCAAGUCUGCAGUUCUCCUCUCCCGCUAGGCUGCCUCAUCAAGCCCCCUCUUUUUCCAAACCCCUAGCAUCUGAAUCAUCAUUUAAGGAGUUCAGGGCAUUUGUGAGGACAUGUACUGGAUCACUUUCAGAACCAGGGAGAUUCAUGGUCACACUGGACAUCGUCCCCAGUAGGCCUCAGGAUUAGCCAUUCUUUCUACCUUUAGCCAAGGCCUAAGUGUGUGGGAACAGCCUCGUAAAGCAGUGAUGAAAACUCUAGCGAGUCUCAAAGGAUUGUCCACGACUUCUAGGGUGGGAGUGUCUCAUGUCCCCCUGGUUGUAUCAGGCUCCCUUCUUUACUCCCCUUGGGCUCUAUUUACUUUAUUAUAGACCGACUGCAUCUUUCUGAGCCUAGGUUUCUUGUGGAAAACGGGGCUUAUGAUGCCAUCUGACCUUACAGAGUUCUUGUUUAGGAAAAUGAUUAGCAAGCUGCAGAGGGCUCCACCAUCAUAAAAUGCUGUCCUCUGCCCACAGUAUCCCCAUGGCUGGGUCCAGGACAACUCUGCACUCACCACAGUGUCCUUCAUGGUCCAGAAGGCCCUCCUCAGUCCCUGGAGCUCUACUCCCUGCACUCGGCAGGGCCCAAAUCGGAAUUCUUGGCCUUGGACCCUUGGCACCUGGCUCCAGAGAAGCAGGAACACACUCAAGCAGGGGAGGGUGGCCAUCUGCACUCGAGAGCCCAUCUACAAUGAAGGAAGGCCCGGAAGGCUCCUGCUGAAAAAAGGGAGGAAUCCCCACUGAGGCAGGCCCACCGAGCCCACGUGUGGCCUUCUCCAGGUACAAACUCUGUACACAGUGAUAUGCCCCACAGUAAUGCUCCUUGGCUCUGCCAAGGUCAGCCUUGGGGCAUGCAGAUGGGAGGCCUGAGAGUAGGGUGAGUUCCUGGUGUUACAUGAGAGACAUGUGGCCUUGCUGGGGUAUGCUGAGUGGGGUCUUUCUGGUCUUGCCCUCCCACCAAGCCCAUUCAUAUCACACCCCCUGCACUUCUUUCCUUGCUCCAUAUAGUUCUCUCUGGCCUCCAACCUGCUAGUCAGAACAGGACCAGGAAGAGUCAAGAAGUUCAGUGGGUUGUGAUGUGCCAAAGACCACGGCUAGGGAGCCCUAACUCGGGAGGGCAGAGAACGCUAAGUGGGCAUUUGCUUGUCUAUGUUUGGCCCUUAUGUCUCCAUGUACACCCCACCCCCAGGAGAGCCCCAUUCCUGACUCCUCUUUGUGAGGGGACCAAGGGGUUAACCUGACCCACGGGGAAGGGCCACAAGACUAUAGGUCAGAAUCACACUCACUCUGCCACCUCAACUGAGAAUUAACUUUUCAGGUAAUUGAACAAAAGAGAGGAAAUAUGUUUCCAGAUGAAUCACCCUCAGACCUUCAGCUAAGAUGCCAACUGGGAAUGACUGUAGAAAGAUCCUCCAAGCCAGAGGAAUUUAACACCCAUUAUCUAUUCUAUCAUAACUGUACGCAGUGCCUUCCUUGACCUUCCAUUUCCUUCUCUCUUUCCUUCCUUCCUCCUUCCCUUUCUCCCGCCCUCCUUUCUUACUUCUUUAAGCAACCAUUUAAGAAACUUCUUUAUUCCAGGCACUGGUCUAAAAACUGAAGAAACUCAGUCUUCCAUCCAUAGAGUGGGCAGGAAGACCAGAGAAGACCUGUCUUUGGGAUUACUGCCAACACCUGGGCUAGAUAAGUGCUACCCAGGGUCGAGUCCAUUAUCCUCUGUCUUCAGCUGUCUCCCUCAAAGUCUUUUGAUUCUCCUCUUUUGAACUCCAUCCACUUUGUGGUCUGUCUUGAAAAUUCAUCCCUGGGUCUCCUAAUUUUCCUGGCCAGGAGAUUCCUCCUCCCAUCCAGCCUAAAUCCCUCUUGGUGUUACAUUGGAGAAAGCAGCUCUUCAUCUAUAGCCACACUCAAAAAGCUGACUUCUGUCACCCCUCAGCCUCCAUUCCCAAGUAAGACAGUACCCUAAUGCUGCAAAGCAAAAUACUGAGAACACAUUGCUCACCGCAGGUGCUGGAAAUGACGCUCGAGGGCUAGCUGUUUGGAGGUGGCUGAUUCUUACAACCGGGAAAGUUGGGCAGGCACCCUCUCUUCACCUCUCAGGGAUGUACCUGUGGGUAGAGGGUUCCUGUCCCAGCCGAGGAAGUCAAUUGAAAAGUAGGAGAGUGCAGGCAAGCAAGACUUUGUGGGGAUUGGUAUAUAUGGGGGCUGGAAGGGUGGAGGAGGGAGAGGGAGGUGGAGAAAGGGAAAUUGGUCAUGCUUUCUUAGAGAAUUACUUCACUGCCUUGUCACCUUUCUCUUCAAGACAAUGGAGCAACGGAGAAGGCAGCACCUGAGGUGGGAUGGGACCUGGGUCCAAGUUCUGUUUCUGCCACUGGCUGUAUGACCUGGGGAAAUUCUCCUGGCUUCCCUGAGACUCAGGUUCUGCAUCUAUAAAAAAAAAAAAAUUUUUUUUUAAAGUAAAAUAGCCGGCCUCCCUCCCGCAGUGGGCAGGUGUAAGAAGCAAAUGCAAAAAUGACACAGACGUGUUCUGUAAACUCUAUGUGCACGCAUAUAAGUAUGUUAUUACUGUGCAGAGUACACCAGCCUCCAUUCCUGCCAAAAUAAUUCCAUAAUUAUGCCCUGCUAAUGAUGGGAAGGAGCCCUGGUGACACAGUGGUUAAGCAUUCGGCUGCUAACUGAAAGGUCGGCAGUUCGAAUCCACCACCUGCUCCUUGGAAACCCUAUGAGACAGUUCUACUCUGUCCUAUAGGGUCACUAGGAGUCGGAAUCUACUUGAUGGCAAUGGGUAAUGGUGGGAAGGAAGCCCAGAGGCUAAGGGUAGCCAGCGAGCACCUCUCCCUUAAGCCCUCAGGCCAGGAAUUUCGGGAAUGCUUCCCAACAUGCAGCUACUCACAGUUCCUAGGGUAUAAGCUUUCAGCUAAAAUAUGCCCCACCUUAGCUCCUGGAAACCAGGAAGAUAGAGAAAAGUGUACGUGGCUGGCCCGAAAAUCUAGGGGUCUUGCCUGGAGUCCCAUUGCCUGGUGGGCUGGCCUUGACCUGUGCCUUGGGGUAGCCCAGGGAAUGCAGCAGUGUGACAUCAUGUCAAGAGACCUGGUCACAUCUCCAGCCAGCAAGGCACUUCAACAACAAUAAGCAAGGUAUGCACGGUCCCAAUUUUGCCUUGCCAUCAAUCAAAGAUGUGGUGAAACCCUUGUGAAAUUGCUCAGCACAGAUUAGCAAGUAAAUGCAAUUAAACCCAAGCAUAUCUUGCUCAGUGCAAGCCAGUGCAUAUCAUGCUUGCUGGCUAGCCCUUUCCUUGAAGC